CUGCCCUCAAACACCACCAUCAGAUCAAUGCAUGAAGUUGGGUGCAUUCUCGAUCGAUCAAUUGCUAAGUAUAAUCUUAUCCCCAACAUAGCUCCUAGAUUGAGUAUCACCGUUUUGGUCUUUCAUGCAUAUGCACAUCAGUUCUGUUGCCAAAUCGCAUUCCACCCAUGGAAACGAAGUGGAUUUGGCAAGUCAAAUGGGGAGGGAAACAAGCGACUGUGGUCCUUGAUCAUAGACAUGAUA